AUGUACGGCGGAGAUGAAGUUUCAGCUAUAGUGGUUGACUUGGGUUCGCACACUUGCAAGGCUGGUUACGCCGGAGAAGAUGCCCCCAAGGCCGUUUUCCCUUCCGUUGUUGGAGCAGUAGAUGGUAUAGAGUCAAUGGAUGUGGAUGUUGAUUCUACAAAGACAAUUUCUUCCGAUGAUUCGAAGACCAAUGCUGUUGAAUCUGAAAAGGAAAAGGGAAAACGCAAGCUAUAUGUUGGAUCUCAAGCUUUGAGUUACCGUCGGGAUCAUAUGGAGAUGUUGUCACCCAUAAAAGAUGGCAUAGUUUCUGACUGGGAUUUGGUUGACAAUAUAUGGGACCAUGCUUUCAGGAGUUGUCUGAUGAUUGAUCCUAAGGAGCACCCGAUGCUGCUAGCUGAGCCUCCUAUGAACACGCAACAGCAGAGAGAGAAGGCGGCAGAGCUAAUGUUUGAAAAAUACAAAGUUCCAGCGUUGUUUAUGGCCAAGAACCCUGUUCUCACGUCUUUUGCUACUGGGCGUGCUACUUCUUUGGUUGUUGACUGCGGUGGAGGAUCAACAACGAUUGCCCCUGUGCAUGAUGGUUAUGUUCUUCAAAAGGCUGUUAUAUCAGCUCCAAUUGGAGGGGAAUUUCUCACUGACUGCUUACUGAAAAGCUUGGAGAGUAAAGGAAUUAAAAUAAGACCAAGAUAUUCUUUUAAGAGAAAGGAAGUUCGGGCAGGAGAAUUCCAGGUUGAAGAUGUAAAUCUUCCUGACACAACGGAAAGCUACAAGCUCUUCUGCCAGAGGAUGAUAGUGGGUGAUAUCAAAGAUUCCAUUUGUCGAGUUCCUGAUACUCCCUAUGACGACAAAUCAUAUUCAAACAUCCCAACUACGUCGUAUGAGCUUCCUGAUGGCCAGAUGCUCGAGAUUGGUGCUGAUAGGUUUAAAGUUCCUGAUGUGAUGUUCAACCCAUCCAUAGUUCAGACAAUUCCUGGAAUGGAGAAGUACUCAGACAUGAUUCCUUCCGUUCGUGGGCUGCCACACAUGGUCAUGGAAAGCAUCAACAAAUGUGAUGUUGAUAUCAGGAGGGAGUUGUAUAGUAGCAUACUGCUUGCUGGUGGCACAUCAUCGAUGCAACAGUUGAAAGAACGUCUCGAAAAGGACUUGAUAGAAGAGUCUCCUCACUCGGCUCGAGUUAAAGUGUUGGCAAGCGGGAACACAACAGAAAGAAGAUUCAGUGUAUGGAUAGGAGGGAGUAUAUUGGCAUCACUUGGCUCAUUUCAACAGAUGUGGUUCUCCAAGUCUGAGUAA